AGAGCUGCUCGGAGCCGAAGAUGCCGCUCGGAGCCUUCGGCUGCUGAGGGAGCGACAGUGGGAAGGGCAACUGGGAAUUCAGAUUCGGGAUCUGGAGGCAUCUGUGCCCGGAGCCACGGCCGAUAGAUGGACAAGCCAAGCGACUUCUGACUCCGCAGCGUUUUCCGGGGCAAAAUUCCAUGGCAAUGUAUCCUACAAGGGUGUCCGGUGAGGAGUGCAAUGGGAUCAACAGCAUGGCGGCGGAGAGCGGCCCCGGCACGAGGCUGCGGAACCUGCCGGUGAUGGGGGACGGGCUGGAGAGCUCCCAGAUGUCCACGACGCCGGCCCAGGCCCAGCCCCAGCAGGGCAUCGGCAUCGGCGUCAACCCCCCCCCGCCGGAGACCUCCAACCCCAACAAGCCCAAGCGCCAAACGAACCAGCUGCAGUACCUGCUCAAGGUGGUGCUCAAGACGCUCUGGAAGCACCAGUUCGCGUGGCCCUUCCAGCAGCCCGUGGACGCCGUCAAGCUCAACCUCCCCGAUUAUUACAAGAUCAUUAAAACCCCGAUGGACAUGGGAACAAUAAAGAAGCGCCUGGAGAACAAUUACUACUGGAACGCCCAGGAAUGUAUCCAGGAUUUCAACACCAUGUUUACAAACUGCUACAUCUACAACAAGGUACCCCCGGGGCCUGGAUCCACCUUUUCCCACAGGAUGAAAGGGGCCUUCCCUCCCCCUGGAAUUCUCAGCAGAGAUCUGCACUCCACACCUGGAAAAUCCCAAAGGAUUGG